AUGAAGUUCAACCCUGCAGUGUCCCGCGAUUCCGGAAAGAACCGUAAGCAGCACUUCAAUGCUCCAUCUCAUGAAAGGAGAAGAAUUAUGUCUGCUCCCCUCACGAAGGAGUUGCGUGCUAAACACGGGAUCCGAUCAAUCCCAAUUCGAGUAGACGAUGAGGUUAUCGUAAUGCGAGGUCGUCAUCGAGGAAACACUGGACGAGUAAUCCGUUGUUAUCGUAAGAAGUUCGUUAUCCACGUCGACAAAAUCACUCGUGAGAAGGGAAACGGAUCUACUGUGCACAUCGGAAUCCACCCUUCGAAGGUCGCUCUCACUAAGCUGAAGCUUGACAAGGAUCGUCGUGAUCUCGUUGAAAGAAAGGCCGCCGGCCGUGCUAAGGCCCUCGGAAUACUCAAAGGAAAGCACACUGAUGAAAGCGUUGCCUAA